CUGAAGCGGGGUUCGGGGCAGUUCUCCCGGGGGAGGCAGACAACAGAGCGCUGCUCCCGAGAUCUCAGGCUCCGUUGCUGCCCAUUCUCCCUGAGGGUCACCCCAUAGUUCCUGUCAUUCUAUCCCAGAACCCCGCCCCUCUCCUGCGGGUCCGCACCAGCGUUCCGAGACCCCACGACCACAGCAAUCCCCUACCCGCUUCUAAUUCCUUCGUGAUGUGGGCAUUUUAGCUAUUAAAACAAUUUUAUUGGAGUCUAAAUCCGGUCCAACUCUUAAUUCUAAGAUUCUGCGGUCUUCGGUCUCAGACUUCGUCAUCCUGGUCUGCAUGACUUUCGGAGAUUCUGAGUUUUGGUCCCCAGUUCCUGCGUUUGGAGGAGAGCAGACUGUGGCUCCGCCGGGCCCGUGCCGGGUGGUCUGUCACCCGGCGUCCAUGACCAAGACCUGCGAGUGAUCGGCCUGCCUUGAGGUCCACCAGAGGGAACGAACGUCGGAGACCUGUGUAUCCGCAAAGCAAGUGUUGUGAAGAUCGCUCUAGGAAAAAGGAAGGAUGCCACUCUUCUUCCGGAAGCGGAAGCCCAGUGAGGAGGCUCGGAAACGGCUGGAGUACCAGAUGUGUCUGGCAAAAGAAGCUGGGGCAGAUGACAUUCUUGACAUCUCUAAAUGUGAGCUCUCAGAGAUUCCAUUUGGGGCUUUUGCAACAUGCAAAGUUCUGCAGAAGAAGGUGUUGAUUGUCCACACGAAUCACCUCACUUCCCUGCUUCCUAAAUCCUGCAGCCUCCUGAGUCUCGCCACCAUCAAGGUUCUGGAUCUUCAUGAUAAUCAGCUGACAGCCCUUCCUGAUGAUAUAGGGCAGCUGACAGCCCUCCAGGUCUUGAAUGUGGAAAGGAACCAACUGACGUAUCUCCCGCGUUCCAUUGGGAACCUGAUCCAGCUCCAGACCCUCAACGUGAAAGACAACAGGCUGAAGGAGCUUCCAGACACCUUGGGGGAGCUUCGGAGCCUGCGUACUCUCGACAUCAGUGAAAGCGAGAUUCAGAGGUUGCCGCAGAUGCUGGCGCACGUUCGAACCCUGGAGACUCUGAGCCUGGACGCGUCAUCCAUGGUCUACCCCCCACAGGAGGUGUGCGGUGCCGGCACUGAGGCCAUUCAGCAGUUCCUCUGCAAAGCGUCCGGGCUGGAAUACUACCCCCCUUCUCAGUACCUGCUGCCAGUCCUGGAGCAAGAUGGAGCCGAGAACUCCCGGGACAGCCCCAGUGGGCCCACGGACAGGUUCUCUAGCGAGGAGGUAGACUGGCAGAAUAGGUUCUCAGACUAUGAGAAGAGGAAGGAACAAAAGAUGCUGGAGAAACUCGAGUUCGAACGGCGCCUGGAACUCGGGCAGCGAGAGCACGCCCAGCUCCUUCAGCAGAGCAACAGCCAGAAGGAUGAGAUCCUUCAGACGGUCAAGGAGGAGCAGUCCCGGCUGGAGCAGGGCCUGAGCGAGCGCCAGCGCUACCUGGACGCAGAGCGGCAGCGGCUGCAGGAGCAGCUGAAGCAGACAGAGCAGAACAUCUCCAACCGGAUCCAGAAGCUCCUGCAGGAGAAUCAGAGGCAAAAGAAAAGUUCUGAGAUUCUGAAGUCGCUGGAAAAUGAAAGGAAAUAUUCGAAGAACACUUUGAUAGUAUUGCCAGACUGCCUUCCAAGAACAUUUUACCAGUUUACACUCCUCUCAGCAGUAUAUGAAGUACCCACUUCUCCACUUUCACUGCCAUCACCAGUGGUUAUCGGUUUUUUUAAUCUCGGCCAACCCGAUAGAAUAAGAAUGGAACAGUUGAUGUCUAUAACCCAGGAGGAGACAGAGAACCUCCGGCGCCGUGAGAUUGCCUCGGCCAUGCAGCAGAUGCUGACCGAGAGCUGUAACAGCCGGCUCAUCCAGAUGGCCUACGAGUCUCAGAGGCAGAACCUGGUCCAGCAGGCCUGUUCCAGCAUGGCUGAAAUGGAUGAGCGGUUCCAGCAGAUCCUGUCCUGGCAACAGAUGGAUCAGAACAAAGCCAUUAGCCAGAUCCUGCAGGAGAGCGCCAUGCAGAAGGCGGCCUUCGAGGCUCUCCAGGUGAAGAAGGACCUGAUGCAUCGGCAGAUCCGGAAGCAGAUUAAGUUAAUAGAAACUGAGUUAUUGCAGCUGACACAGCUGGAGUUAAAGAGGAAAUCCCUGGACACAGAGGCACUACAGGAGAUGAUCUCGGAGCAGCGCUGGGUCCUGAGCUCCCUGCUCCAGCAGCUGCUCAAAGAGAAGACACAGCGAGAGGAGGAGCUCCGGGAGAUCCUGACGGAGUUAGAAGCCAAAAGUGAAACUAAGCAGGAGAAUUACUGGCUGAUUCAGUAUCAGCGGCUCUUGAACCAGAAACCGUUGUCCUUGAAGCUGCAGGAAGAAGGCCUGGAGCGCCAGCUGGUGGCCCUCCUGGUGGAGCUGUCAGCCGAGCACUACCUUCCCAUCUUCGCCCACCACCGCAUCUCACUGGACAUGCUGAGCCGGAUGGGCCCUGGGGACCUGGCCAAGGUGGGCGUCUCGGAAGCCGGCCUGCGGCACCAGAUCCUGCGCAGAGCCCAGGAGCUGCUGGACGCGACCAGGGCCCGGCCAGAGCUGCCGAAACCACCCCAGGGCGAGGUCCUCCCCACGGCCCCUGAGGAGCUUCCCGAGGCAGUAAGACCAUCGGCCCCCUGCGCGGAGCUGGAGGCCCAGAUCUCAGAAUGUGUUGUGUGCCUGGAACGGGAGGCCCAGAUGAUCUUCCUCAACUGCGGCCACGUCUGCUGCUGCCAGCAGUGCUGCCAGCCCCUGCGCACUUGCCCGCUGUGCCGCCAGGACAUCGCCCAGCGCCUCCGCAUCUACCACAGCCGCUGAGUGCCGGCCGCCGGCCCGGGCCUGACACCUCCAGCCCCACCUCUGCUACCUGCGGGCCCAGGGCUCCAGCUCCCGCUCUGUUCUCCAUGGCCUAGUACGGGCCCCUCUGUCCUGGCCCAGGCGGAGACAGGAGUGUUCCUGACCAAGGACAGAGCCAGCGUGAAUACCGUGGAGGAGAGAGGACCCCUCGCCGCACGAAGACAGGGUCUGGGGGGUGGGGUACCAGCAUGCCUCCCUCUGAGCACAGGCCUGAGUGUCUCAGCUGCCUCUGGCAGUCACGCCCCCCCACCCAGGAGCCUCCUCAGGGGAGCCCGGGCAGUGCUGUCCCACUGGGCAGGGUGGUGGGGGUGCAGGAGGGCCCUGGCCGAGGGGAGAGGUGGGGAGGCCACCGUGUCCUUGGACUGACUGGCCAGAAUGUGUUCAGGGCGGGCCUGGGGCCACAGCGACGUCGGCCCCUCCUCGCCUCCCUCUGCUCUCCCCGCACGCUGGGCCCCUCCUCUCCCAGCUCUGCACCUCCUCACCCCACGCAGCUCCAGGGCAGGUACUGAGCUUUGCAGACCCAAAGCAGUAACGUCAAUAAACCCAUCUCCAGCCGC